AUGGGCGUCUGCGCUUCAUCUCCAACCAUCAAGCUCAAGAGAAAUGGAGGCAGAAGCAGUAGUGGACUAGAAGGAACAAGGGGAGACUUCAUCGGACGUCCAAAAGGGGUCGUCGUAAUCCACGUCGACAGUGAUCGGGUCAUUCGAGUGCAAGAGUUGAAGCAACCAAUCCAAGCCAGGCGGAUAAUCUCGCAGCAUCCCGACCAUGUUCUCUGCAACUCCGAGGCCAUGUCCGUCGGCACGUGCGCGCCUCACGUUCCCGGGGACGAGGUUCUCCAGCCGGGUCAAAUUUACUUUCUCAUGCCACUGCAGCAGGCCCAGAAUCCGCUUUCUUUGCCGGAACUAUGUGAUCUCGCGAUAAAGGCCAGUUCUGCAUUGGGGAAAAGAUGA